GCAGCCAUCUUGGUCUCUUCAGACUGCUCCCAUUUUUUCGCCUCUGAAUUGCUUUUCUUUACCUCCUUAGAAUCCCCUCCUUGCAGUUGCCCCUUCUUUCAGGCCUUCCUUGCCCUGCAGAAUUUUAGUCCUCAGAAGCUGGAAUGGGCAGAGCCAUCCUCAGACACUUACUGGUUGGGCCAGUCUUUCAAGGCAAGUCUGCCUCAGUUUCCCCAGCUAUAAAAGGGAGACAGUGAGGUGACUCCCAGGACGGUGAUCAUAAAAGUGCCUCAUUAAUGCUUGUUGCCUUCCAAGGGGACGCCUAUGUGUUCUUCCUCUGGACCUUUGAAGUCACCAUUCACCCAUCUAGGCUCUGGAUCAGCUAAUGGCCCAGAAUCCUUACUAACAAGAGGCCCCUUGGCAGGGGCCGGCCCACCCAGGGGGUUGCCAGAGCAGCCCAUUCACCUUUCCGGGUGAGUCAGGCCCCCGUCCUUCUACACCCACUGAUCUCAGGCUGGUCGGCGCCCUUUGGCAGCCCCAGACAAAGGCCCACACGUCCUCGAGCCGGCGUGCCCUUUACCUGUGAGGGCCUGCAAGAGUCCUGGGAAACCCACCGAGUCGCUACUUCUGGGGCUGUUCCCCGUGACCCUCAUCCCCUAGAGGAGAUCCUGGGCUCCCAGAGGCUGGGCCAGCAAAGCUGUGGGAAGCCCCAGCAGCUGGGGUACUUUUUUCCACCCUGGGGCAGACCCUCCUCGUCACCCAUGGCCAACUGUGGCGGUAGCUGCUGUGGCUCUCCCCACUCCUCUCUGUCCUCUAGCCAUCAAACGGGUUUUCCUAAAGGGCAGAGGCCCCCUCACUCAAUAAACUCCGGUGGCUCCCUCUUGCCUCCAGGAUCAGAUACAAAAUUCUCUGUUGUUGAGGGCUCUGAGGGAGCCCUCAGCCUUGCCCCCGGCUUCUAACCUUUCACCCCACUGCCCGACAGGCCCUCUUCCAGCCUCCAUGUCCUGAAUCCAGGCAUUCUCUGUGGCUGAUACUCCCCCGUUCCUGAGCUCUCCCUCCUCUGCCCCUUUCUCCCUUUAAUUUCCAUUUUCCUGCCUAGGUCUUGUUCCUUGAUGCCUUCAUUAGACCGUAAGCUCCCUGAGCAUCCAGGGUCUGGCGCAGAGUUGGAGCUUUAGAAGUGCUUUUGAAGCUGCAGAUGCUGGGGGUGGCCUGGUCCGGGCCUGGCACUCCGGGAGCCCGGGACUGAUAAGGUUCCUCGUUGCCUAGCAACCACGGCCUUGCAUUGCCAGGAAGCCAGCCUCCACAGCAGCUGGGCCAGGCUUCUGAAUGUCUUCAACCUCUCCCCUAGAGAAGGUUCCCCCGCUCGAGUGCUGCACGGACGUGAUGGACGUCAACGUCAGCUGCCCGGGCACAGACCAGUGCGCUUCAGGCUGCUACCGGCGCUGGAACGAGGAUGGGAGCAGCAGCUGCGUGCGGUGCAGGAAUGAGACCCUGGCCGUGACCGGGGCCUACGUGGUGGAGUGCAGAAGCCUUGGCAACAAAGAAAUCAACUUCACGUCCUACAGAACCACGGUGACGCCCCUUCUGCAGAACCUGGGGGGCCCCCAGGUGGCCGUCUCCCUCUUCUUGGGCACCUUCUUCAUUAGCUCCUGCCUCAUUCUCUCCAUCGCCUUGUUCUUCUACUUCAAACGCUCCAGUAAGCUCCCCCAUUUCUUCUACAGAAGGAACAAAGCCUCUGUCCUACAGCCCGGAGAAACUGCUGCCAUGAUUCCACCUCCAAAUUCUUCAGUCCGGAAACCGCGCUACGUCAGGCGGGAUCGGUCACUGACGAGACCCACCACUCCGACCAUGAUCUCCUCCGUCGAGACUCGGGUCAGCAACGUUUAACCAGCGAGGUUUGCCUGAGAAUUUGGUCUGUGAACCGUUACAGACUUCUCUGCGGCCACCCAAGGGCCAAAAGAACAUCCGCGCCCGCGGGGUCUCCGGUGGGCCCCGCGCCUACACCAAAUGGAGCACAAAAGAGGCGGUGGGAUAUGGAGGUGGCGACUGCCAACCUUGUCAGGACGCUUUUCAGCGCUUCCUCCCAUUUGGGUUUUUGAUCUGUCUCUUAGAAACAGACACCCCGUUAAAAAUCUCCAGACAGCCUGGCUUGCCUUGGCUAAAGAGUCAUUUCCUCCCAAGAAGUGAUUGUCCUGCCUAGAGCACGGGCCGGUCUGGCUCCCAGAAAAGGGCGUUCUUCCCCUGCCCCUCUGCCAAGGCCCGAGUUCCCUCACACCCACAACCUUCCCUAUUCUGGACUCUGUGGAGAUGCCCCAUCGGCCCCACAAGUCCCCCAGAGGGUGGGCUGGCCAUUCCCUGCUCCCUUAAGGCAGGAAAAGUGGGACUCUGGCCUUCAGUGAAGGUUUUCCCACGCUCCCCCUGUCCUGCACUAGGCAGGCCAGUGUCCAGCUUGCUCCUGAGGAGGGCCUUCUGGAGCCUAAAACAAAAGGGUCCCAUCCCACAGACUGGGCCUGGCCCCUCUGUGGCCCGGUCCCUCUGUGGCCCGGUCCCUCUGCAGCCUGGUCCUUCUGUGGUCUGUGGUUCUGAAAGAAGUGCGUUCCACUUUGCUCCUGAAUGAGCCCAUCUAGAAGCCACUCCAUCUCCAUCAGCUGCCGGCCAGAGCUUGCUGGCUCUUCGGGGGGCCGACAGGUUAGACCGAGCCCCUCUUAAUUCAAGCUUAGAUGAUGUCUGGCAAGGCGGGCGACCUUUAGCCCUCCCCAGACCAAACUGGGACCUGGCCAAAGAGAGCAGGAGAGGGAAGAGGCUCUGCCCACUUGGAGUCUCAGCUCAAGCAGGGAUUUAAGUUAGAGGCCAGGCCACGGAGCCCCUUGGGAGAGAGCCAGGUGUCCCCCUGCUCCCUGGCCCGAGCCCUGGGUCAUCGGAGGGAUUAGAGCCAGCUGUUCGAAGACCCCCAGAGUUCACAAAGUAGCCGUGUUGUUCACGGAUGGUUUUUAUAAAACCAGAUCUGAGUUGUUGUGGCAAGUUAUCUGUGUGAGUGGGGCCUGCAUUCCCUGUGAGGAGGCAAUCCUGGGGGAACCACUGGGGUCCCCCCCACACUCUUCCUUUAUUCCCAUGUUCUCCCCGAUUGCUCUCUCCAUUUAUGCUGACCAAUAGAGCUGGCCACCAAGCCAUUUGAAGCACAGAAUUCAGGGCAAAGGGACCUUGGAAUCCCUUUCACAAGAGAAGGAACAUGAGGAGUGGGUGUCUGACUUGGCCCAAGCUCAUCGGCAGCAGGACUAGGAUCUGAACUGCCGUGUGCGCCCCAACUUGAAGAUUGCUCAUCGAUGUUGAGGGGACCCCCCAAAUGAGUGCCCUAGCUCAUCCUGCCAGAGCCCAGAUGGAGGCUGGCCUCUGGAGGAGGUGCACAGGCCCUGUGUAGGGACGGAGGUCACAAGUAAGUGAGCCCAUGGGCCCGCUUGGGAAAGGCAGGGAGAAGCAGCCCUCCCAAGAGCUGUGGAGAGCACCAGCGGGUCCGAGGACGUGGCCCACACGUCACGGGCUGACACUGCCAGGGUGCGCUCCCCAGCCCCAGCAGUGUUCCCAGCCCAGGUCCCCUGUGCCAGAUGGGAGAACAGCAGCGGGCUGAUCUUGGCCUGCCCUCUCGCCGUCCGAGCCGCCGGCUGGCCCCAGGCAGUAAUAAUCUCAUGGACCUGUGCCCUUUGGCCCACCGAGGCUGCACCCCUUUGCGCUGCUCUGCUCCCCCUGAUCUUUUGUAUCUUUUUCUAUUGCCAACUUUAAUAAAUGCUCAUUUCCUGAGACACGAACUCGGGGGAUGAUGAUCCUGGAGCCGGGGAUGGAUGUGUCGUUCUUCGCUUCCCUUUGAGCUCCCCCCGGGCCCGGGCUGGUGCUGCCAUGUUUCUGAAGGCGAGAUGAAAGGGCCGGAUCCAAAUGGAUGCCAGCCCGGGGCCCGGCCCCAUGCAUCUGCUUCAGGCCCAGGGCUUCCGAAGUGCAGAGAAGGCCACGAGGACAUUGGGAAAGGGGCGUCUUGUCAUAGAAGCGCCAAGUUCUACCCCAAGCGUGGGGUAGGGUGGCUGCUGGGGGAGGCUGGGUCCCUUCCCUGUGGCUCAGUGGAAGAUGUGGGGAGGGCAGAGAGCCCAAGUCAUAUAGGAUCAAAAGCUGGAAGGACCUUGGAGAGCACCGUGCUU